UUUCCCCCCUUUUUUUUCAUUUCCUAUGUUUAUCUGCUAAAAUAGUCUUCGCUUUGAAUAUUUGAUUCUUGUAGUGGUUUUGUUUGCCCGUGCUUCUUUUUAUCUUUUUGUUUGUUUAUAGUUUGUUUGACUCUGAUUUUUUCAACUCUAAUUGGAUUCUAGAGGUGGGUUUGUUUGCCUUUUCAAGCUUUUGAAAAAUAUUGUUUGAUUUGCGUUCUGGGUGUCCUGAUUUUGACUGUAAACCUUUUGAUCGAAAACUUUGAUUAAAGGGGUUUUCUGAUUUUGAACCUUUCUUAGUAUCCUAAAAGUUCGGUCAAGUUUUUCUUAUUCAAAAUUUUGAGUUUGAUGUCUGCCAUUGAUGUAAUUUGGUUGAACUAAGAGCCAACAAUCCAGGGCUCUGACGAGUGUUUUUUUUUUGUUUUCUUUGUGUUUGUAUCUCUUGCUGACAAUUUCUGCGAUUGUCUUUGUUGAUUACGAAGAUGAUUCAGCUUUACUUAUGGAUGCUGUUCUAGGGGACUAUACGUAAAACGAGAGUUCUUCUGUCUCAAAAGUGUCCAGCUUCUGGAUUUAGUGCUCUGGUUGUAAAUCUAGCAAUAUGUCGGUUGAAUCAGAAAGAAGGGAGGAAGAGAACUGGAGGGAGUUGGUGAAGAAGAUGCUCCCACCUGGAGCAUCUCUCCCUGAAAGUGCUAGCGAUCUGGAUUACUCUAUAGCUAUGGAAUACGAGGGUCCACCAGUAGUCUAUGAUGUUCCAAGAGUUGAACCCCUUGAUGUACAUCCUCAUUCAAUUCCAGUUGCUGAACCUUUAUCUGAAUCCCAAAGGUCAAUUGCAAAUAACGGCCCCCCAACAAUCGAACCAAUUCCUUUGCCAGUCUCUCGAAUCGUUGGAGUCACAAGUCCACCUACUCAGAGUCCAAGAGUAUCAGGAAGUUCAGAAUCUGUAGUAUCUGUCUUGCAAAACCAUGAUUUUUCUUCAGCUUCACCUUCUGCCUCCCCAGCUUCAGUUCACAACCCUACUAAUAAUCAGCCUAAACAAGUAGUUAUUGAUGCGAGGAGAGCACCUGUUGUCACUUUCAAUACUGACAACUCCAAUCGUAAAGAACUUAGCGUCGAGAAGCAAGUGUAUCCAGAAUAUGUAGGAGUUUCAAAAGAGAAAAAGAAAAAGAAAAGUAGGGUCUGUUAUAGGUGUGGGAAAGGAAAGUGGGAAACAAAGGAGUCAUGUCUAGUUUGUGAUGCCAAGUAUUGCAGCAAUUGUGUGCUUAGGGCUAUGGGAUCAAUGCCUGAAGGGCGUAAAUGUGUCACUUGCAUCGGUGAUCCCAUAGACGAAUCUAAGAGGUCAAAAUUGGGCAAGCAUUCGAGGGUCUUGUCUCGACUACUUAGUCCUUUGGAAGUGAAGCAAAUUAUGAAAGCUGAGAAAGAAUGUCCUGCUAAUCAACUUCGCCCAGAGCAGCUGAUUGUAAAUGGAUUACCCCUAAGGUCCGAAGAGAUGGCAGAAUUACUUGGAUGCCCUCUUCCUCCACAGAAAUUGAAACCUGGGAGAUAUUGGUACGACAAAGAGUCUGGUCUCUGGGGAAAGGAAGGAGAAAAGCCAGAUAGAAUCAUUAGUUCAAACUUAAGUUUCACUGGAAAACUUAGCCCCCAUGCAAGCAAUGGAAACACUGAAGUUUACAUCAAUGGUCGAGAAAUCACUAGACUCGAAUUAAGGGUGCUUAAGUUGGCAAACGUACAAUGCCCACGUGACACACAUUUUUGGGUCUACGACGACGGUCGCUAUGAGGAAGAAGGUCAAAACAAUAUCAGAGGAAAUAUUUGGGAGAAGGCUUCAACACGCUUUGUUUGUGCUUUGUUCUCAUUGCCCGUGCUACAUGGUCAACCACCUCAUGGAGUGAGAGAAGAGGCUAGCAAUUAUACAACAGUCCCCAAUUUCUUUGAGCAACAAAAGAGGAUUCAGAAACUUCUUCUCAUUGGGAUUGAAGGCUCUGGAACUAGCACUAUCUUUAAGCAGGGAAAAUUUUUGUAUGGGAACAGAUUUAAUGAAGAAGAACUGCAAGACAUCAAACUAAUGAUUCAGAGUAAUAUGUACAAAUAUCUUAGCAUCUUACUAGAUGGUCGAGAACGCUUUGAGGAGGAGAUCAUAAACCGGAAAAAGGCUUCAAUUUCACAGGGGGAUCAAGCUCUUGAAACUGAUGGAGAGAAGGAAGCUAGUGAAAGCAUAUAUUCCAUCAAUCCGAAGUUGAAACAUUUUUCCGAUUGGCUCCUCGAUAUCAUUGCCACUGGAGAUUUGGAUGCAUUUUUCCCUGCUGCAACUCGUGAGUAUGCUCCAUUAGUUGAAGAGUUAUGGAAGGACCCUGCAAUCCAGGAAACUUACAAGAGAAAAAGUGAGCUACACUUUCUUCCCGAUGUUGCGGAGUACUUCUUAAGCAGGGCAGUGGAGGUUUCAAGUAACGAAUACGAACCUUCGGAUAGAGAUAUCCUGUAUGCAGAAGGGGUAACCCAAGGGAAUGGAUUGGCUUUCAUGGAAUUUUCACUUGAUGAUCGGAGUCCAAUGUCCGAGACCUAUACCGACAAUCUCGAAGCUCCACCCCCACCUCUCACUAGAUAUCAGCUUAUAAGAGUAAGUGCCAAGGGGAUGAAUGAAGGGUGCAAGUGGGUUGAGAUGUUUGAAGAUGUUCGAGUCGUCGUCUUUUGUGUUGCUCUUAGUGAUUUUGAUCAGAUGUCUCUUGCCCCAGAAGGUAGUGGCAGCGGAAACCUAUUACAAAACAAGAUGAUGCAGAGCAAGGAGCUUUUUGAGACGAUGGUCCGACACCCUUGCUUCAAAGAUACCCCAUUUGUAUUGAUACUCAACAAGUACGAUCUCUUUGAGGAGAAAGUAAAUCGGGGCUCAUUGAAUGUUUGUGAAUGGUUUAACGAUUUCAGCCCCGUGCGACCAUUGCAUAGCAACCAGUCACUAUCUCAUCAAGCUUACUACUAUGUAGCUAUGAAAUUCAAAGAUCUUUAUCAAUCCAUUACGGGUCGUAAGCUAUUCGUGUGGCAAGCUAGAGCAAGGGACCGAGUGACUAUUGACGAGGCAUUCAAGUAUAUAAGAGAAGUUGUCAAGUGGGAUGAGGAGAAAGAGGAGAACUACUAUGGAGGACCCGAAGAUUCCUUUUACAGCACAGAUGUGAGCUCAUCUCCAUUUGUUAGACAACAAUGAUAUUUCUAGUACUACUUUCAUAGAUAAUAUCAAAAGGAAGCCCAAAAGAGAAAAUAUGCUUCCCUUACAUCUACUUUCCUCCUUGAAUAAGGCGAUUCUUGCAAUUUUUUUUUCAAGUUUUGAUUUGUACUUGGGCAAUAGCAAGCUUAAAUCCCAAUGUUCUCCAUAUUCAUGUUCAAAAGGAAGUGAAAUGUUGGAUUUAUGUUGUA